GAGAGAGAGGGAGAGGGACAUUUUCAGGACUGAGGAAAUAGAAGUGUUACUACUGGGUUGUGCUGCCUGGCGCUAGAAGACCGUCAUGGAGAAUAUGCAUCGCCCCACAGCACACACAGACACCGGACACCACGUAAAAUGUGAUUUUCAAAGGUCUCACUAUCAGCGGUGAUUUUUCCACUUCUCCCAUUCCUUUUUUUAUUUUAUUUUGCGCUGCCUCCUCUCUCCUUAUUUCUGUGUGUGGAUCCCCCCUCCCUCCCUCCCUCCACCACGUCUGUCACUCUCUCCAUUUCCAAAGGAGGGAUCUGUGAAUCAAGUGCAACAGAAGAAGAACAUGAGUCUUGGGGAAUGAUGCCGCUGCCGUUUGUGCCACCCUCCCUGUCGCCAUGACGAUGCCGCUCAGCCCCCUCUCCAGUGACGAGGAGCAGCAAAGGAUGCUGGGAAACAAUAGACAUCUAUAUCCUGGGGCAGAGGACGAGGAAGAGGAGGAGGAAGAUGAAGAAGAGGAGGGUGAGGAAGAUGACCGUGAUGCAGAGGGAGAAGAUGGGGAGAAUGGAGAGCUGGAGGGAGAAGAGGAGGAAGAGGAAGUGGAGGAAGUCAGGCGAGGAGGAGGCAUGUCGCGAGGAGGCAGGGAUGAGGGGCACAGGCAAUUAGGCAAAAUGACUGGACGACCCACAGGAGACAGACAGAUACGACCCGGCAACAUUGGGCACACAGUAAACCCUUAUUCGUCCAACCAUGGACCCACCCAUCAACAGCCAGCCAAUCAGCAGCAGCAGCAGAAGAGGCUGAGAGAGCAUAGCUCCAGUAGGGCGCCGUCAGAGGACGCCCACAUCGCCAUGAUGGUGUUCCGCAUCGGCAUCCCCGACAUCAAACAGACGAAGUGUUUGCGGUUCAACCCGGAUGCGACCGUUUGGAAGGCCAAGCAGCAGGUGCUAUGUUCUCUGACCGAUUCGUUGCGGGAUGUGUUGAACUAUGGCUUGUUCCAACCUGCCACCGAAGGCCAUGACGCCAAGUUCCUGGAGGAGGAGAAGAUGCUGAGAGAGUACCCACAAUCCUUUGAGAAGGGGGUACCAUAUCUGGAGUUUCGUUAUAAGACCAGAGUGUACAAACAGACCAAUCUAGAUGAGAAACAGCUGGCUAAACUGCACACUAAGGCCAGUCUGAAGAAGUUCAUGGACUAUAUCCAAAGUGGCUCUGUGGACAAGAUGGCCAAGUUCUUGGACAAAGGGCUUGACCCCAACUACCAGGACCCUGACAUGGGAGAAACCCCCCUGACGUUGGCUGUGCAAUGUGAGCCGGGGGGAGGGGAGGCCAUACGGGGGCUGGUGCUGGGAGGGGCUCAUCUUGAUUUCAGGUCCAAGGACGGACUCACACCUCUACACAAGGCUGUCCGCAGCCACUGCCACACAGCCUUGCUGACCUUGCUGUCUCUGGGUGCGUCUCCAGACUAUAAGGACCGGCGGGGGCUGACUCCACUCUACCACACUGUGCUGACAGGGGGCGACACCUCCUGCUGUGAGACCCUGCUCCACCACCGCGCCAAGUUGGCCGUCAGGGAUGAGAACGGCUGGGAUGAGACACACCAGGUGGCUGUCAUGUCCGGCCAUUUUGAACUAGGAGAGAUUAUCAAAAACCACCGGGACACAUAUAGGCGAGAGAGUGCACCGCGCACCCUGGCGCUGCCCCACCCUCACCCCUUCCUGCGUGCCAACAGUGAUAACAGUAUGAACCUGCCUGACUGGAUGGCACUGCCCAAUACACCAGGCUCCAACAUAGUGUCUGUACAGGGCUAUAAGCAUUCAGGUACCAUGCGCAGCUCCAGUAGUCCCCGUGGGGCGCGGACUCGCUCCCCGUCAAGAGGGAGAGCAGGGGAUAAGGAGGACAGGAGUCGGCAGAGUCGGAGGCAGGGAGGAGGCGGAGGGGGAGCAGGAGAAGGAGGGGGAGCAGGAGAAGGAGCAGGAGAGACGGGGUCUGUCAGUAGCAAUACGCUUACGGCAGCAGGGGGCCAGCGGAGGCGUCUCUACAGCGCUGUCCCAGGACGUGUGUUUGUGGCCACGCGUUCCCACUCCGCCCAGGGAGACAGAGAGAUUAGCAUCAGCAAGGGAGACAAAGUCAAAGUGCUGAGUGUGGGCGAGGGAGGGUUCUGGGAGGGCACGGUUAAGGGACGGACCGGCUGGUUCCCCUCAGACUGUGUAGAGGAAGUGGCAGUCCGUAGCCAGGACAACCGCUCAGAGAGCCGCAGUGAGAAAGCCAAGAGACUGUUCCGCCAUUACACCGUGGGCUCCUACGACAGCUUCGACGCUCCCAGUGACUAUAUCAUCAAGGAGAAGACAGUGCUUCUGCAGAAAAAAGACAGUGAGGGUUUUGGCUUUGUGCUGAGAGGAGCCAAGGCUCAGACCCCCAUCGAGGAGUUCACUCCCACCCCAGCCUUCCCAGCACUGCAGUACCUGGAGUCUGUCGACGAAGGAGGCGUGGCCUGGAGAGCCGGUCUGAGAAUGGGAGACUUCCUCAUUGAGGUGAAUGGUCAGAAUGUGGUGAAGGUGGGACACAGGCAGGUGGUCAACAUGAUCAGGCAAGGUGGAAACGCCCUCAUGGUCAAGGUUGUCAUGGUGACACGCAACCCUGACAUGGAGGAUGGCCAGAGAAAGAAAAUCCCCCAGCAGAGUAAAAGACUAAGCACUCCGGCCAUCGCUCUCCGCUCCAAAUCCAUGACCUCAGAACUGGAGGAGAUGGCUGCUACCCCCUGGAAAAAAAAAUCAGAAUUCGAGUCUUCACAAGUUACAGAGAAGAAGAGGACAGUCUAUCAGAUGGCUUUGAAUAAGCUAGAUGAGAUCCUGGCAGCAGCUCAGCAGACAAUCAGCACCAAUGAGGGGCAAGGGACGCGGGGUCAGGGGGCAAGGAGAGACAGGAGCCGGGGCUCCUUUUACGCCAAUGAGCCAAAUUACGACCAGUCAGAAAUGGGGAUGACCGGGCUGGGCUAUGACCGCGCCCAGUUCACAUCAGGCCAUGCCCCUCCACACGGUAUGCUGCGACAGAAAUCCAUCGGGGUGACUGAAGAGGAGAAGUCCCAUCUCAAUCCUCCGGCCAUGAAGUUUGCCCGAAGUCUCUCGGUUCCCGGCCCAGAUGACAUCCCCCCGCCCCCCACCACCGCCCCACCAGACCCCCCCUUCUCCUCCGCCCCACCACUGGGCUGGAGAGGGGGCAAGUCUUCCCAGCAGCCCUCUGUGGCCGUGUCCCAGUCCACCUCCACAGCAGCCCACUACCAGCUCUACUCUCAGUCUGUGCACUUCACCCAAGGGGGCCGCGAAAGGGCAGGGGGGCCCAGUACCGGCGCUGGAGGAGGAGGGGUGGACCACACGCACCAGUACUCUAAUGCCCCCGCCCGCGCCGCUCAGAGCAGGACUGCCUCUAGGAAAGGGGGCUACCCAGGGGAGCCUGUUGGAUCCGGAGGGGGAGGAGGAGUGGGGGGGGGCAAGGCUGCAGGUCUAAGGAGGGGCUACAGUAACGCCGCCCCACCUGCAGGCAGUGCCACAGUGAUGCCCCAGCAGCAGCAGACCACCCAGAGCCAGCCGCAGAGGGCAGACCGCAGAGGGGGGGCGCGGAGAGGGAAGGGCCCUCUGGUAAAGCAGUCCAAGGUGGAUGACCUGCGGGCUGGCCAGGGCACGCUGGGGGGCAAGGCCCCAGUGGAGAAGAGCUCCAUCCCCAUCCCCACCAUCAUAGUCAAGGCCCCCUCCAUCAGCAGUGGCAGUGGCCGCAGCAGCCAGGGCAGCAGUGUGGAGGCUGAGCCCACUCCCCCAGGGGAGACCGACAGAACCCAACCCCCCCACGGACCCCCUUCCACCCCAGCCCCGCCACCCCCUGCUCCUCCCUCCAUCCCGGCCCCUCCACCACCCUCCUUCCGAGGCCAGGAUAGUGACUUCACCAGCCAGUUUGGGGCGGCCAUCGUGGGCGCAGCCCGCCGGGACAGGGAACGCUUCCAUGAGGCCCGCAGGAAGAGCGCCUCCAUCUUCAUGUCUGCCGAGGAGGAGGUGGGGCCAGGGGGAGAGGAGGAGGAGGAGGGGGGGCAGUCCGGUGGCCUCCCCCCACGCCUACGGCCCUCCAAGUCCAUCGACGAGGGCAUGUUCUCUGGGGACACCUUCAUCCACCACACCCGCAGCAUGCCCCCUGCCUUCGGCCUGCCAGAGUACUCCUCCCCAACUCCAGACUACCAGCCCAAGUCUGUUCCGGCUGACUUCUACGGGGCGUCAAGCCGGCAGCAGGUCCCCUCUGGCACCACCUUCAUCCACCCCCUGACAGGAAAGGUCCUGGACCCCUCGUCCCCCCUGGGUCUGGCCCUGGCUGCCAGGGAGCGGGCCCUGAAGGACGACGGCAGGAUGAGGAGGGAGAGAGGGACCGAGCACCAGUUUGUACGACAGAUGUCCAGUGUGGUGACAUUCCCCUCCCAGGCCACCUCCCCCACACCAGCUUCCUCAGCCACCCAUUCCUCCAGCUCCUCCUACCUGGUCACCUCCUCCUCCCUAGCUGCCACCACCUCCUCCACCAGCCGACCCCCCUCCCCCAGGAUCCUCAGGGGUGCAGGCUGGGGCGAGGAGGGGGGAGGAGGGGAGCGGGAGAGGGAGGGUGGCGGGGCCAGAGAGGGGCUGAGGGUGCGCUUCUCUGAGGACAAAACAGUCCACACACAUCACUACCAGUCCCAGCACUACCAACCCUCCUACAGGGAGGAAAGACAGAGGGAGAGGUCGAGAGAGAGGGAGAGGUCAAGAGAGAGGGAGAGGUCGAGAGAAAGAGAGCGGGACAGAGAGGGGUACAUGAGGCAGCAGACAGCACCUACCCAGCAGCCCCCUCAGCUGUCGUCCCAGCAGCCUCGCCAGGCCUCGUUUCUGAGGAUGGAGAGUGAGACUGGCUACAUCCUGUCUCUCACCCCUCCAUCUCCCCCCGCUACAGCCGCCCCGUCUCACCCACAGGGGGGAGGGGGUUCCGGGGGCAGUGGCCUCAUGGUUCUGCCGCCCCCUGCCCCCUCUGUGGAUGUGGAUGAUGAGUUUGUGUUUGCGGACCCACUGCCCCCUCCGCUGGAGUUUGCCAACAGCUUUGACCGGGGUGGAAUGUCAGGUUACACACACCGUGCCAUUAUCAACAACCUGGCCUCCCGCCAGCAGCAGCCCCCACCACCUCCCCCUCCUCCCCCACCACCCCCUCCAAAAGACAUGUUUAUCAGUGGGUUCCCGGCCCACACCCCCUACCCUCCCCACAGGCGGGGGACUCUACCACCUCCAGCCUUACCUCCUAUGACAGUGAGGUGGCCAACCUGACCCAGUCAGGAAACUCCCCCACUCAGACAUCACCCAACCCCC